GGUGCCUAUGGCAUGGUUGUGGCUGCCUUGGACACCACAACGAAUUUGCGUGUGGCCAUCAAGAAGGUGAGCCCUUUGACGCAUCCAACCUUUUGCCAGCGCACGCUGCGCGAGAUCAAGAUUUUGGCCAAGCUGCGACAUGAAAACAUCAUUUGCCUUCGCAACAUGCUCGUCCCACCCACCCUCGAGGACAUGAAUGAGGUCUACUUGGUCCUUGAUCUCAUGGAAACAGAUCUGCACCGCUUGCUCAAGUCCCUUCGCCAACGCGGUGAAAAGCUAUGCUUCUUCAUGUAUCAGAUCAUGCUGGCCGUCAAAUACAUGCAUUCCGCCAAUGUGCUGCAUCGAGACCUGAAGCCGGCCAACCUCCUCAUCAAUCUGACCAAUUGUGAUCUUAAGCUUUGCGACUUUGGCCUAGCCCGCGUUAUGGAUGACCACAUUGACUACAGUGGCAUGCUCACGGAGUAUGUCGCUACGCGCUGGUACCGUGCGCCAGAGGUCAUGGUUUCUGCCAAGGCCUACACGCGGGCCCUCGACAUGUGGUCGGUCGGCUGUAUUUUUGCUGAAAUGCUGAAUAAUCGCCCCCUCUUCCCUGGCAAAAACUAUGUCGAUCAGCUCAAUCGCAUCCUUGAGAUUGUCGGGUCCCCCUCAAGCGAGGACUUGCGCGCCAUUCCCAAUGAAAAGUCCCGGCGCUACGUGGCCAGCCUACCUCAGCGUGAUCCGGUCCCCUAUUCCGAGUUGUACCCAGAUGCCUCGGAAGCGGCCAUCUCACUGCUUGGUCAGCUGCUGGAGUUCAACCCCAGCAAGCGCAUCACCGCCGCCGACGCCCUCGAACACGAUUAUUUUGAAGAAUACCACGAUCCUCUUGAUGAGCCCGAGGCUGAGGAGCCUUUUACUUUCGAAGCUGAGAUUGAGGCAUUGCCGGUUGAUCAGCUGCGAACCAUGAUCUUUGACACGGCCCAGAUGAUUCAUCUGAGUAGUGCUUGAAGUGCAAGGCCGGCUUGUGCACAACCCAGAGCCCACCCUCGUCAUGGUGUGCCAUCGAAACAAUUUGUUGGAAUAGAGGUGACUCUGUACGCAUCUUUUCGCUUGAAUCGCUCUUGCCGCUGAGCGCAUGUGGCUCGUGGACGCCAACUCAACGCAACGGACAGCGGCCUUGCAAGCAAAGGCACUCCACCCUGUCUAUUUGUGCAAUGUUGAAAUUGAUCGACUUGUG